CCAUUUUUACUUCCUAUGGCACGUUGUGAGAAUACUUGGUGUUUGAAACGCGGUUCUGAAGCAAAAAUUAUUGAAAUGAUGAGUUCGUAUUUUAAUUUUACUUAUCAAAUUUAUCGACAAUUGAAUGUAAAAAAUUCGAACAUUUCUUUGGAUGGAACGAUUGCUAGAUUAUUCGAAAAGAAAGUUGAUAUUGGUAUUGGUGGAAUCAGUAUGUCAUAUGAUCGUUUACGGCUGGUUUCAUUUUUGUAUCCACAUUCUCUUAGUUCAACUACAUUUGUUACACCAGCGCCCAGAAUUGUGAAUAGUCAACAAAUGUUUCGUCCAUACAGUAUCAAUGUAUGGUAUUCAUUUAUUAUUGCAUUAUUUAUUUGCUUCAUAUUCGAUCGAAUACAAAGGAAAUUCAAUCGUACAGAAUCCAAUCUGUUUUGGAUUUGUUUUGUUCAAUUAUGUCGACAAAAUUAUUUGCAGAAAUCAAUAAAUCAUUUCCAUCAAUCACUGUGGAUAAUAUUUUGGACAUUCGGAAUGUUCAUAUUUACAACAGGAUAUGCAAGUUGUCUUUAUUCACUAAUAGCUAUUCCAUCGUAUUCACAAACUAUCAAUACUAUCGAAGAAUUAUUUUCUGCUGUUCGAUCUGGUCAAAUAAUUGCUUCAAGUCGAAAUAGUUCAGUAUACAUCAACAUAUUUAAGGAAUGGUUAGGUGAUGCUAAAACCACUGUUGAUAUCGAUCGUGUCUGGAAUACAUCUACGUCUGGUUAUCGAGCAAUGGCAAAGGUGAAUAUUUCUCGUAUAUCAGGAACACCUUAUGCAUAUAUAGAUCAACGUGAAACACUUAAAUUUGGAACAAUACAAAUAGGCGAAAAAUUCUUUUACAUACCACCGAACAAUAUAUUUGCAACAUUAUUCACCGAUCUUGUUGCCAUUCCUGUACGAUCUGAUUUCCCUUAUUAUUCACAAUUUAAUGUCUUAUUCAUUAUUGGACUCAAAAUGUUUAUUUUCAUGAACGUUUGCGAUUACAUUCAUUUCAAUCAUAGAAGUGGCAUGAACAACAAAAUGAAAUUGAAUUUACAGAAUAAAACAUUUACCAUAGGAAUAAAUGCGAAUCCACCAUUCACAAUGUUUUUAUCAUCAUCUUUAAAAUUAACUCGUGGAUCUGAAGCACAUUUUAUUGAGACGCUUAGCUCGUAUUUCAAUUUCUCCUUUCGAUUGGUCAACUGUAAACUAUCAUGGGGUAAGAAAUAUCCAAAUGGCUCUUGGGAUGGAAUGAUUGGCCUAUUGACUGAUAAAAAAAUCGACAUGGGACUCGGUGGCACGUUGGUUGAUUAUGAUCGUUGGAAAGCCGUUUCGUUUCUAUAUCCACAAACAGCAACUUCUAUUACAUUUGUGACUGCAGCUCCUUCUCUAACUCUAUCAAGCCAUAAUUUAAUUUUUCGGCCAUUUCCUCUUUUUGUUUGGCUAUCAUUUCUGAUUACAUUAUUUGUCUGUUAUAUAUUCGAUCAUAUCCAACGAAAAUACAAUCAAAAUAAAAUAAACAUUUUCUGGAUAAGUUUGGUGCAAUUGUUUCAUCAGGAUUCAUUCCGUAGAAUGACUUUUCCACGUCAUAUAUCAAUUUAUAUAAUUUUAUGGAAUUUUGCAUCAUUUAUACUUACAAUUGCCUAUGCUGGAUGUCUUUAUUCAAUGAUUGCAGCUCCAUCAUAUUCGAAAACUAUUGAUACUGUCAAUCAACUAUAUACGGAAAUUAAAUCUGGUCAUAUCAUCAUAACAAGUUUUAAUUCUUCUCAAUACGCGAAUUUUUACAAGGAUUGGCUCGGCGAUGUUUCUAUUGAUUAUUGGAAACCCAUUCAUUUUACAUUUGAUGGUUUCCAAAUGGUAAAUAAUUCAGCCCAUACAGGAUUGCCACAUGUCCACAUUGGUCUACGAGAAACACUUCAAUUUGGUGUAGCAGAUUUUGGUGAAAAAUUUUUAUAUUUACCCCAACAACCUGAGUCUUCACUCUUCACGGAAAUAAUUAGCAUACCUGUACGUCCCGGUUUCUUAUAUUACGACAUGUUUAAUCGAGCACAAAUACGUCUAUUCACCAAUGGAUUGAUGCAUCUUUGGACAAAUAGAUGUUAUGACAUAUUCAGAAAUAGAUUGAUAGUGAACAAAAUUAAAUCUGCCUACGAACCAAAAGCAUUUACAAUUCAUCAAUUGAAUAGUUUUUUUAUGGUUUAUAUUCAAUGCAUAAUAAUCUCGACCAUGGUUUUUACCAUGGAGGUCGCUUUCCGAUUAACCUAUGGCUAUCAUAGAAUUUCAAUAAAAUCAUUGCUAUUCAUUCUGGACAGAUUAUUGUAACAAGUAUGAAUGAACAUAGAUAUAUCGAAUAUUUUCAGGAUUGGAUUGGAAAUUCAACCAAUGAAAUUGAUGAUAUCUGGAAAACCGUUCCAUAUACAUCCACGGCAAUCAAAGUGAUACGUGAUU